UUGACUGUAAACCAAUCCUCAACUUACUCAACAGCUGAAACCUCCCACCAUAGAGGAGCUCAGUGUUUGAGACAGUGGAAGCACCACAUGGACUCUUAGCAGUAGACACAAACCACAGCACAGCAGAAGAGCAGCAACAUUCCCCUCACUGAUAGGAACAGGUUGUCCCGCCCUCACAUCAAUGCAUACGUCAUCAGAGAAAGAGAAGAGAUGUCAGUGCAAGAAAGAGGGGAAGUUAUUUUUGAUUAAAUAUUACAGAGGCACAGUUUUUAAUUUCAUGGUGACAGUCGCAGGUCAAAAUGGCACAGUGGAUUUUCCGACUGAAAGGUUGCCUCAGCUCUAAAGUGUACUCAGAGGUCCCAGAUGGUGGUUGGGGUUGGAUUGUGGCUGUGGCCUUUUUCCUGGUGGAGAUGUUUACUUAUGGGGUUAUCAAAAGUUUCGGGAUUUUCCUCAAGGACCUAAUGAGUGAUUUUGAGGAGAGCAACAGUCGAGUAUCAUGGAUCAUUUCAAUAUGUGUCUUUGUUAUGACUUUUACAGCACCUUUAUCAUCAGUGCUGAGUAAUCGAUUCGGCUUCCAGCCAGUUGUGAUGUUUGGAGGAUUUCUCAUAUCUCUGGGCACAAUCUCAACUGCAUUCACCAGCUCCAUCAAUCAGAUGUACCUCAGUAUUGGGAUUGUGACUGGACUGGGUUACUGUUUGACAUUUCUGCCAACCGUCACAAUCUUGUCCCAGUACUUCAGCAGGCGUCGUUCUGUGGUCACAGCCAUGGCCUCCACUGGAGAGUCAUUUGCUAUAUUUGCUUUUGCUCCAGCAUUCACAGCUCUUAAGAACCACAUUGGCUGGAGGUACACAAUGGUGGUGAUUGGAACGUUGCAGGGCAUCAUUAUUAUCUGUGGGGCUCUGCUCUGUCCUAUAGUCAUCAAACCAAAUACUUCUCCAACAGAAACUGAGCAGAAGAUCACAUACUCUCUCCCCGAAGAACAAUUGCAAGGUUCUGUGAGCUCUGGAGAUUCAGGUGUACAGUCACUUGACGAGCUGGAACGGGGCCUCAAAUCUAGGAAGGAGCAGGAAGAAGCGGAACCACUGCAGAUCCUCCCAAAACAACAGGACACUAUGAGUAAAAAUAAGCUCUUGGAUUUGACUGUACUAAAAGAAGGUAGUUUUUUGUGUUAUUCAGCCUUUGGACUCUUUGCAACACUGGGCUUUUUCGCCCCACAGCUGUAUGUGGUGGAGCUCAGCGCUAGCUUGGGUACCGAGAGGGACAAGGCUGCCUAUAUGCUGUCAACAAUGGCCAUCGCUGAGAUCUUUGGACGUCUCUCUAUAGGAUGGGUCCUGAACUGGGGGCACAUUAGGAAGAUCUUUGUACUUCUCGUAUGCGUGUCACUGAUGUGCUUAGUCUUGGUGUUGUUUACUGUGGUAAAUGGCUUCUGGGGACUAGCAGUGUGCUGUGUGCUUUAUGGCUUCUUACUCGGGAACAUUGCAUCCACGCACAUCCCAAUGUUGGCUGAGGAUGAUGUCAUAGGGAUCCAGAGGAUGCCCUUAGCUGUAGGCGUCUACGUCUGUAUUCAGAGCUUUGCAGGACUGGCUGGUCCACCAUUAGGCGGCGUCCUUGUGGAUAUUACACAAAAGUACAGUGCUGCAUUCUACUCCUGCGCUGUGGGAAUGGGACUAGGUGCCGUCUUCCUUGGGCUUGUACGUCCAGCUAAGACAGGUCAUCUGUGCACAAGGAGGAAUAGUGGACGGAAUAAACCCAUAGUGGAGCAAGUGGCCAAAGACAAAGACAGGCCGGAAGAAUUCCUAGAAUUGGAUAACCAAGAUAUUACGUCUUGAAAAAAAAAAGACAAGACUGUGGAUUUAACUGAACUUUAGGAACCUUCAGACUUGUUGAAAAUUUUUACAACUGAAUGUAUCUGCAGUACAACCACAUUAUGAUUCAAAAUAAUUGCUUAAGGGGUUAGUUCACCCAAAAAUGAAAAUUCGGUCAUCAUUGACAAACAUGAAAUAGAGGUUUGUUCUUACGAGUCAAGCAAGUACGGUUGAGCUACCGUUUAUAAUAUUUUAUUUGCUCUACGUAUGUGCAUUGAUCAAUGUUUGUAUGGGAAUAAAAGCUUAAAUCAAAUCUGUUCAACAUAUAAAGCAUGUUUCUUCAGAAAACUUGGAUUAAACAGUUUGAUUCAUAUGGAUUUCUUUUAUAUCUCUCUAUGAACUAGUGUCAAAGUUUUGGUGGAAUGGAUGUUCAAAGGAGAGACAGAAAUCUCUCGGGGUUGUCGGCACCGAUAGCCUUGUGGGCAGCGCCCCGACAUAUAGCGGCGUUGCGCUUCAGGUGACCCGAGUAUGAGUCCCGGCUCGUGGACCUUUCCCGAUCCCGUCCCCCUCUCUUUCUCCCACCUUGCUUCCUGAUACUAUCCUGUCACAAUAAAGGCAAAAAUCGCUAAAAAUAAAUAAAUAAAUAAAUAAAUAUAUAUAUAUAUAUAUAUAUAAAAAUCUCUUGGGUUUCAUUAAAAGUAUCUUCAUUUGAGAUUCACUAAAGAUUAACUAAAGUCUUAUGGGAUUGGAAUGACAUGAGGGUGAAAUGAUGAUGACAGAAUGGUCAUUUCUGGGUGAACUGUCCCUUUAAGAUGUGCAAUUGUUGUUUAUACACUGAGAUCAUAAAUGUAAUUAUUAUAGUACAUUAUAUUAGCAGUAGCUGUCUUGAAAAACUAUUAUUAGACUUGAAAGUAAACACUGGGACUUUUGUUGAUUAGAGUCCUAGAUACAAAAGAAAUUAACAUAAUCUGUAACAGGAAACCACAUUUUCGUGGUUUUAGCGAUUAUAGGCAAUGACUUCAUAGGUGAUUACCAGGUACUGAUGGGUAAAGCAAUGUUGAAUUCAGCAACUUAAAACUCAUAUAAUAUAAAAUCUAAAUGUGGUAGAAAAGGCAUGAGGUAUUUGAUGCUUUAUUUUAAAAAGGAACCUAUCUAUAUAAUUUUGUUUCCUAAUAUUCUUUUUUUAAUAUUUGCAGGAGGGUGAUGGGUUGGUCUUCAGUACUUCAUAUUCAGCCAUAUUCAGCUAACUAAGUGCUAAACCCAGAUGAACAACUUUAUUAAUGCUAAUAGUGUCUGUUUAGGGUGUUGUUUGGUAUUCCAAUGCUCAUGACAGUGUUUUCAACUGUGGAUAACAUUUACACAUCUAUUAAAUAGAGAUUACUGUGAAUUCAAUGCUUUACAGAGCUCAGGUUGAUGUAACUGUGAAAUGAAGAUGAAGGAUAUCCAAAGUAAUGCAAAGCCAAAUUCAAAUGUGAAAGUGUCUUAUAUGACUGCUUCAUUACUUACCUCUUUAGGUAAAAGUGUAUUUGUUGUUAUCGAACAACUGUCACAUGACUUGAAUUUUAUAACUGGAAAGGAAUUAUUUGCUGUAUGUUCAGUGGAAUGUGAAUAUGCAAUGAUCUCUUCUCUUUCUGCACAAUAGACAAUCUUUAAAUCAGAUUAAAAAAUAAAUACAUACUUUUUUAUA